AUGUCGGCGCCCAACGCAGAUGCGGCGGCGCAGCGGAUUUAUCUGCCAAAUAUCAAGCACAAUAGUGCUUUGUUGACCGUCAAGUUCCUUUCGGCCUGCCUUGCUGGUGCGACUGCCGGAAUACUGGGCCUACAGAACUGGCUCGGCUUCGCGCUGUUCAUCGCGUCCACUCUGGUGACCUCUGCGUGCAUAUAUGUCAUUAAUUGCAAGGGACGACCAGCGAAAUAUGUCCCUGGAGGUCUUUGGGAGCUCGUGAACCCAGGCCAGGACAACAUCUUCUCUUUCAUAUUGACGUGGACACUAUUUUUUGGUAUCGUACAUGUGUACGACUAAUCCGCGGGGCGUGCGAGAGAGAGACAGUUCUCCACUCCAUGUCCCGUUCUAUUUGACCUCGAUUCUUGUCAUCAUUCAAGGGCCAACGUGACAACUGCGGUCGAGGGUCGCGAAUAAGAAAUGCGUAUAUUUGCAUUAGGUGGGGCGCCCUGAGUGCCCAGGUACCUUGCCUGGUAAAGCAACCGUCGAGUAUUCAUGACGCUGCCUUGUAAGUCAGAGUAACACUUGACAUAGAUCGUUCGGAUCCGUAAUCUCUACCAAUCGAUCGUUCAUG